AUGCGGAUGACUCUUGACCUCCUGCUGAAGCUGAUGGACGAGGCCGGGGCUCAUGAAGCGCUCAUCACAACUUGUAGCCUCAAGCGCCCUCUGAUGCAAGAAAGCGCUUUAAAGCAACAGUUGUUGCUCCUACCUCUCUCACAUGACGCCCUGGCAGUCCAUCAUCGAGUACACAAGCGCACCUCGACUUCAGACAAGUUGCACCUAGCAUCCUUCCAGGAGGAGCUGCACACCCUCUGGGCCAAAGCUGCGAGCGCCACCGCACAGCAGGAAGCAAGGCAGGAGCUGCUCUUGAAGCAUCUGUGCCCAAUCGUGACAAGGUAUGGCUUCGAAGCUUCUUGGGAGGGCGUUGUGCAGAGCCAGCUCAGUGCAGGUCCUUGGGCUACGGACGCGGAGGUCACCGCCAAGUACAUGCUCCAGAAGUGGCUUCUCGACCCGAGGCUGCAGGCGAGGAGGAUCCCGGGGAUGAAGGAGGGGCUGGAGAUGUACCUGGCCAUCCGGGAGCUCUGCCAGGAGAUUGAGGCAAGGAGCGGCAGACCUUCCUUGGCGGCUCCGCUGUGCAGCGUGCGGCAAGCUAUCGCGGCCUCGCAGCUGCAGCAGGUGCCUGUGCCCUGGGCCCGGGUCCUGGCACCCGCGGUUUGUGCAGUCAUCCCUCGCGUGCUUACGAACGAAGAGGUGCAGGCAUUGAAAAGCUGGGGCAUGUCGAGGAGGGACUGGGUCUCGGCAAACGGGCACAUGAUCAGUCAGUUCGUGGAUCCAGUUCUUGCUGACAAGCUUUGGAGCCGCGUGUGCCACCUGGUUCCGUCUUUCAAAGGCCUUGGUGCAGUUGGCCUGAACCAGCACAUGCGCUUCCUGAAGUACGGGAAAGGCCACUUCUUUGCGCCGCAUCAAGAUGGCGAGAACAGGCACGGAGCUGCAAGAUCUUUGCUUUCGGCACUUCUGUACUUGUCCGGCGUGGACAGCAACGAGAGUGGCGGUGGAACUCGGUUCAUUUCUCCGGAGUGUCCAGAAGUUGCACGCACUGGCCGAUGUGAUCGCGCUUGCGACCAUUGUGUUGAUGCUCCAGUCGCUGCCGGAUGUCUGCUCGUUUUUGCACAAAGCCUCGUCCAUGCUGGCACUGAGCCCAUGUCCUCUGACAAGUUUGUCAUCCGGACCGACGUUAUGUACCCCGUGGCGGAGACUUGA